AUGACGCUCCAAGACAGAUUCUCUAUGGAGGAUGCUGUUUCUAACGUCCCAGAGGUGCAGAGAUACGAUUCUUCAAGAGCCCUGAGGGUUCAGAGUCAUGAAUUCCAGAGAGAACACCAGCCCAUCCAAGACCCAUACGACAGCAGCGUUGUGGUGCCUGAAUACUUUGAGAAGGACCCCAAUGUUGUCGACUACGGUAAGCAUCUUGUGCUGCAUCCCGGCAAAAAGGUGAAGCACUACUUCAAAACGCUUUUCCCUAUUGCCCAGUGGAUUCUUCAUUACAACGGUAAGUGGUUGUACGGUGACCUUGUUGCUGGUAUCACUGUCGGUGUGGUGUUGGUGCCCCAGAGUAUGUCGUAUGCUCAGUUGGCUGGUCUUCCUGCUGAGUACGGUUUGUACUCUUCCUUCGUCGGUGUUUUUAUCUACUCGUUUUUCGCUACUUCCAAGGAUGUGUCUAUCGGUCCUGUUGCUGUGAUGUCUUUGCAAGUUGGUAAGGUUAUUGCCAAGGUCCAGGAUCACGUUGGUGACAAGUACAGUGCUCCCGAGAUUGCCACUUUCCUAUCGUUGAUUUGUGGUGGUAUCGCUGCUGGUAUUGGUAUUAUUCGUAUUGGUUUCAUUCUUGAGUUCAUCUCGCUUCCCGCUGUCAUGGGCUUUAUGUCCGGUUCUGCCUUCAACAUUAUUGUGGGCCAGGUGCCUGCUUUGAUGGGUUACGGCUCGGCAGUCAACACCAGAGAGAGUUCGUGCAAUGUGGUGAUCGGCACACUCAAGCAUCUUCCAGACUCGAAUGUGAACGCUGCUUUUGGUCUUGUGCCUUUGUUCAUCUUGUACGUCUGGAAAUUCCUCACUGAAUAUGGUAUGAAGCGCUGGCCUCGUUACAAGCCGUGGUUUUUCUACACUCAGCAGUUGAGAAAUGCCAUUGUGCUUAUCGUGGCCACUGCCAUUUCCUGGGGUGUUGUGCACCCAGAACUUACUCGUUUCGACGGUACUAAGAAGCAGUUCAAGGGAACCAUCAAGACUAUUGGUGUGGUGCCUUCUGGUCUUAGACAUGUCGGUGUGAUGACUGUUCCAGACGGAAUCAUCAACGACAUGGCUUCUGAGAUUCCCGUUUCGACCAUUAUUCUUCUUUUGGAGCACAUUGCCAUCUCCAAGUCUUUCGGCAGAAUCAACGACUACAAGAUUGUUCCUGACCAGGAGCUUAUUGCCAUUGGUGUCAACAACUUGAUUGGUACCUUUUUCAAUGCCUACCCAGCCACUGGUUCUUUCUCCAGAUCCGCCUUGAAGGCCAAGUGUGGUGUCAGGACUCCUCUUGCUGGUAUUUUCACAGGAUGUGUGGUGCUUCUUGCAUUGUACUGCUUGACCGACGCUUUCUUUUACAUUCCUAAGGCCACGCUUUCCGCUGUCAUUAUCCACGCUGUUUCCGAUUUGAUUUCUCACUGGAGAGCCACCUGGAACCUCUGGAAGAUUGCUCCAUUGGACUGUGGUUUGUUCCUCAUUGCUGUGAUUAUCACUGUCUUCUCGUCCAUUGAGAACGGUAUCUACUUUGCCAUUGCUGCUUCUGCUGCUAUUCUUUUGUUCAGAGUGACCAAACCUCAGGGCCAGUUCUUGGGUAAGAUCAAGGUGGCCGAGGUGGUGAACCCAACCAUCAACUUCAAGGAGACCUCCUCCAUUUCCUCCACCGACUCUGACGUCGAGAUCCAGAACGUCUUGUCCAACACCUCCUACCAGUCCACUGGUGUCAAGAAGUUCAAGGCUGACGCUGGUGAAAAGAUCGUUCCUACUGCCGGUGAACUCAUAACCCUGAACCCUAACAUCAAGUUCCACACCAGAUGGGUCCCAUUGAGCCAGUACAACACCAACAAGGAAGUUCAAGUUGUUCCUCCACCUCCUGGCGUUAUUGUCUUCCGUCCUGUUGAGGCCUUUGCCUACCCUAAUGCUUCUGAACAGGUUGACCGUGUUGCUGAUGAGGCCAAGAGACUUACCAGAAGAGGCAACCCUAGACUCUACGCCCACCCUGGUGACAGACCAUGGAACGAUCCUGGUCCAUUGACAUGGAGAUUGCCAUUCUGGAAAGAGAAGUUUGGCAGCAGGAUCGAAACUCACCUUGAGGAUGACACCAGACCAAUCUUGAGAAUUAUCCACUUUGACUUCUCCUGCGUUCCAUCGAUUGACGCUACAGCCAUCCAGGCGCUUGUGGAUAUCCGUAAGGCGCUUAAUAACUACGCCGACAGAGAAGUGGAGUUCCACUUUAGCGGUAUCAACUCGCCAUGGGUCAGAAGAGGAUUGGUCCAAGCUGGUUUUGGCUCCUACGGUGACAACGAGUUGGUCAGUGAGAGAACAUAUGUUAAUAUUGCUACACAAGAGGAUGACAUUGAGAACAGCCUAUACUACCCUGCUGUGGGCACGAAUACUCCAUUUAUUCAUUUAGAGAUUCCCGACUAUGUCUAG